AUGGAUAAUUACGGUGUUGAAAUCGAAGAGAAAAAAUUCUCUUCCAGAAAUAAUCUCGACAUUUCUAAAUUAUCAAGUGAACGAAAAGAUUCGACUGUUGAUCUAUGGGCUACUAUCGACAGAUCUAAUCUUGAACAAGAUGUACAUAUAAUUCCUCUUGAUGACCUUUAUCAACGUUUUCAUACAAAUCAACACGAUGGUUUAUCAACUGCUUCUGUUAUCGAUGCACAAGUUCAAUAUGGAACGAAUAAAAUUACUCCACCUAAAUCACCAAGCUAUUUAUGGUUACUUGUCAAAGAAUUAUUCAUUGGUUUUAAUAUUAUUCUUUGGAUUGCCUGUAUUCUUACUUUUUUAGCUUAUAAACCAUUUGGUGAACCAAAUCCAUCGAUAACUAAUUUAGCACUUGGUGUCGUACUUUUCUUAGUUAUCAUUUUUAAUUCGGUUUUAAAUGUUUAUCAACAAAUAAAAUCAUAUAAAAUUGUGGCAUCAUUUUCCAAUUUAUUACCAACAAUUGUAACAGUUCGACGUGAUGAUAAAGAACAACAAAUAGUGACUGAACAAAUUGUACCAGGUGAUAUUAUUCUUCUUCAUACGGGUGAAAAAAUACCAGCUGAUUGUCGAUUUUUGAGAUGUGAUGAAUUGAAAAUCAAUAUAUCAGAAAUAACAGGUAACUCGAAACCUGUUAUAUCAACAGUUCAAUGUACGAGUGAAAAUUUUAUGGAAUCAACUAAUAUUGGAUUUUAUUCGUCAAUAGUCGAACAAGGCACUGGUGAAGCGUUGAUCAUUGCUACUGGUGACAAUACUGUUGUCGGUAAAAUAUCACGAUUAUCACGCGACAAAUCGAGUGAUGAUAUUACGAAUCUACAUCGUGAAGUCAAUCGUUUUGUUUUAUUUAUUUUUGUCGCUACUAUUAUCUCUAUUAUCAUUUUGUGGAUCACUUGGGCAGCAUGGCUCAAUCGAGUUCAUCAUACUUUUAUUCUCUAUAAUGCAAAUAUUAUCAAUUCUAUUGGCAUGACAGUCGGAUUUCUACCUCUAGGUUUGCCAUCGGCUGUAACUCUCGUAUUGACAUUUGUGGCUAAAAAAAUGUAUCGACAACGAGUCAUUGUAAAAAGCUUACAAACAAUGGAAAUUUUUAACUCUAUCUCAGUGGUUGCUACUGGCAAAACAGGCACAUUAACCCAAAAUAAGAUGACAGUUACUCAUUUCUUAUGGGAUAUACAUGGUAUAUAUAAAGUACCUAUACCAGAAUCUGAACCAGCUCCAACUGAAACUCUUUUUCAAACGAUUAGCCGUGUAUCAAGUGGAGUGUUUAAGACAGCUCGUAGUCUAUCAACGGACGCCGUUUCGGUUGUGCGAAGACUUUCUAGUGGUAGUUUGAAUACAUCACAUCGUAUGCCAUCGUUAGAUGAUGAUAAUGAAAAGAACAAGAUUCCGAACAUUGCUAGUGAAAUUAAAAUUCAAGCAUUUCGUGAUCUUCUUCUCGGUGCCUGUCUAUGUAGUAACGCUGAGAAACAGAUUGUACAUGACGAUUCACUUGAAGAAAAUCUAUCGAAAAUGAAAUCCAAAAUGCGUCUGGCAGGUAAUGAAGUUGAUACAGCACUUUACAAUGCAUGUGUUGAUCAAUGUUAUGUCGAUAUGGAUGCUGUACGUCAAGUUAAUUCUCGUUUGAAAGUUUUACCAUUCAAUUCAUCAAAUAAAUUCAUGAUAUCCGCUAAUCUAAUUGAAUCAAAUGAUCCGGCAGUAUUAGAAGGUGAUCGUACCGUUUUGAUUAUAAUGAAAGGUGCGUCGGAUAUUGUCAUUCAACGUUGUUCAUCAUAUAAAACCGAUAAUGAUGAAAUUUUACCAUUGACGACCGAAAUGAAACAAGCAUUAUCUCAUCGACAAGAAGAACUAGGGAAAGAUGGUUAUCGUGUCAUCGCUAUGUGUCAACAAAGAUUCACUCGAGAAAAAUACAAUCGAAUGAUGGAACAAUACAAAGAAGAACAACGUUCACGAUUAUUGACCAACAUCGAAGAUCUGAAUGGAUUUCCAUCGAAUGAUUAUUGUUUUAUUGGUCUUUUCGCGUUACUUGACCCACCUCGAUCGGAAGUGCCUGAUGCUGUUCUCAAAGCUCGUCGUGCUCAAAUUCGUGUAGCCAUGAUUACCGGUGAUCAUCCAGCUUUAGCUAAAGCGAUUGCAAAACAAGUUCAUAUUUUAACACCAGAAAUAUCGGAAAUAAACGGUUUGGAUACGUUAAAAGUUGAAAAAGAUGACAAUGGUCAAACAGCUGUUAAUAUGUAUCGAAAUGAACAAUUAUGCGAUCGGCAUAUUCCUAAUCAAUUGACACGACCAGAUCAGAACAAAAAACAUAGUCAGGAUCCGAUUAAUGUUGAUGAGACUCAAUCUGAUCAAAAACUACCUUGGUACAAACGAGCUUGGUCAUCGUGCCGAAACCAGGUUAGUGAACCGAAAUCAAAUCUUCCACAAACGACUAAAAUGGAAUAUAUUCCCUAUGGAAUUGUAGUUGCCGGAGCAGAUAUUGGUUUUAUGGAUGAUUUUCUAUGGGAUUGGGUUUUAUCUCAUCAAGAAUUGGUCUUUGCAAGAGUAACACCCGAACAAAAAUUGCAUAUUGUUUCAGAAUUUCAACGACGUGCUGAAAUUAUCGCUGUUACAGGUGAUGGAGCUAGUGAUGCACCAGCACUUAAAUGUGCUCAUAUUGGUAUAGCCAUGCAAUCAGGUACAGAAGUAUCGAAAGAAGCUGGUGAUGUGAUCUUACUCGAUAAUAAUUUUUCAUCGAUUAUACAAGCUAUUGAAACAGGUCGUUUAUUAAGUGAUAAUUUGAAGAAAGUAGCUAUUUAUCUAUUGCCUGGAGGUUCUUGGUCUCAAGUUUGGCCCGUUUUUUUUAAUUUAUGGUUUGGUAUGCCAUUAGCUUUGUCUGCAUUGUGGGCAACAGUUUUCUGUAUGCUCAACGAUGUGGUUAUGUCAUUAGCAGUAGUAACAGAAAAGCCUGAACGUGAUAUUAUGUCUCGACCACCAUCAAUUCGUGGAAAAGAUCAUCUACUUAAUACAAAACUUCUUAUUCAUGCUUAUUUAUUUGUUGGAAAUGUCGAAUGUUUUACAGCUUUCUUUUGCUUUUGUUAUUAUUGGAUUGAUAACGGUGUACCGCUCCAAUCUUUCUUACUUACUUAUGAAAACUUCGGCCUUAAUGGCACUACUCCCUAUACAACGGACGAAUUACAAUCGAUGAAUAAUGUAGCACAAUCUGUUUACUAUUGCUCGAUGUGUCUUUUUCAAUUUUUUAAUUUUUUUGCAACACGUACUCGAUAUGCAUCGAUUCUUCAACAUAAUCCACUUUGGGGUAAAGGUCAAAAUUUAUAUGUUUUCGGUGCUAUGAUCAUAUCCAUUGCUAUUCAAUUAUUUUUUACACAGAUCAGUUGGUUUAAUCGUAUUUUAGGUACCGGUAGAGUACCACCGAAAUAUAUCAUGCCAACACUUGGUUUCGGUAUGCUCUGGUUAAUUAUUGAUGAAUUACGAAAAUUGUAUAUACGCAAACGUCCACGUAGUUUUGUAGCGCGUAUUGCAUGGUAA